AUGCCUAUGUUUCACAAAACUGGGCUCGUCCCGAUUCGACUAAGUCGUGACGGCGGUCAAAGCUUCCCAUUCUUUGGGAAGUUCUAUGUUGUUGUUCCUGAUCGUGCUCCUGCACAGGUUUCAUUGAAAGAUGACGUCGAUGAGAUUAAUAAUAGAUGGUCCCACUUUGUACAAAUUGAUUAUCUGGCCAAAGGUAUACCGAAUACUGGUUCAUAUACGUUCAAACCGCCUUCAUUCCAGAGGCAAACGCUUCUAAAGAAUGCUUGGCAAAAGUUCACGUUUGGUUUUGUGCGAGUAUCGCUAUCGGAUUCAGAGGACGGUGUGCUAUGGAGCAAACCGACACCCUUUCCCUGGUGA